AAUUAAAAAGUAUGCUGUUUUAAUUUCGAUAUAGAUGUGUGAGUGUCUGUGUGUGCCGGUAUUAAACAGUGUAAGUUAGCGGCUGUUCCGGAAGCGAUGACAAACUGCUCGAACGAGUUUCCGACCACGGAUAUCUACUAUGAUGAGGUUGGAUCCGACACGGGAAUGCUGGUUUGCCUGGGGAUUGUCGGCGCCCUGGCAUUUGUGUGUGUGGGUAUCUUUGUGGAGGAAGUGAGCUUCAUUCGCCGCAACUACCCCUACAAAGUGCACGGAAACAUCGCAAACAAUAUUCUCAUCAUACUCGCUCUCUUUCCGGUUAUGUGCAUCACGAAGCUUAUUCCGGUCUUCGUUCCUACCAGCAACGUCCUCCUUGACCUCAUGGCAUCAUGCUACAUCUCUGUGUGUAUCUACGUGUUCAUAACCCUGACCAUCUCGCUGUACGGGGGAGGCGGAAGUAUGGUAUUAACGUUGAGGGCCGCCGGAGAUAAGGUAUCCAUAGCAACCCCGCCCUGCUGUUGCUGUCUCUGCUGCUUCCUCAAGCCAAUCACACUGAGCAGGAUGUCUCUGGGCGUAUUCAAGCUGCUAGCGAUGCAGGUGAUGAUCGUCCGUCCGUUCUUGCUCUUCAUCGCAGCCGUGCUAUGGACGGACGGAAACUACGAGGAGCAAGUGGACUCUCGUGAGCCGUACGUGUACAUUGUGAUUAUGUCAACGGUCAGCACCCUCCUCUCCAUGUACGGACUGGUCGUCAUCUUCCGGGCCUCACGCACGCACCUGUCACACUUCAGCCUCGUUCUCAAGUUCGUGCCUCUACAGGCUAUGCUCAUUUUCGACGUCAUCCAGACGCUCGUCUUUAACGUCCUGGCCAACAAUGAUAUCCCGGAGUGCGUGGGACAGCUGGGCCCAAGGGUCAGGGGAACAAAUUUCAACAACUUGUUGCUGGUACUGGAGUCGUUCCUGCUGUGUCUUCUGGCGCGGCGCGGCUACCGGAUGGUUCCCCCUGAUCACAUCAUCGACCCUGUGGACCCUGUGCAGGGAACUAACACGGCGAAGGAUUACACAGACGGGUAUCAAAAUGGCGGCCUAGGAUACGAUGAUGUUUGAUCCGGGCUUAAGAAUUUAGAUUCCGGCCAUAAGUGUUGUACUUUGAAUCUACUGCUUACAUAACUAUGUCUGUAUAUAGAAUUUUCUGAUUUUGGCAGAACAGAAUGCGACUGCAAUGUUUAAAAAAAGAAAUCUAUUUUUGAGUAUCAAUAAGACUAAACCAUCUCUGUAAUAUAAAAAUGGCUGGAUUGCGUACAAAUAGAAGUAUUGAAAGAGAUUGAACAACAAAAUACGAGAGCGAUAAUAUUGCUGUCUUUCAUUUAAACCAAAUGGCAUUAUGAUUAUAUUUAUAGCAAAACAGUUUACCUAAAGUAGCAUAAAAUACAUAACUUAAGUGUCGAAAGGUUCUUAAUGUGUGUCACAAAAAGAUCAUGACGUAAGUGUCAUAAAGCUCAUCUCUUAAGUGUCAGAAAGUUCAUGACGUGCGUUGCAUAAAGCUCAUGACGUAAGUGUCAUAAAGCUCAUGACGUAAUUGUCAUAAAGCUCAUCUCUUAAGUGUCAGAAAGCUCAUAAAGUGUCAAAAGCUCAUGAUUAAGUGCCAUAAAGCUCAUCUCUUAAUUGUCAGGAUGUUCAUGACGUGCGUUGCAUAAAGCUCAUGACGUAAGUGUCAUAAAGCUCAUAACUUAAGUGUCAUAAAGUUCAUGACUUAAGGUGGAACGCGACUAUGAAUAUUUUUUCGAGUUUUUGUCUGAAAAUUGGAAUACGAAUAGAAGAGCAUAUGCCCUGUUAGGGACUGUUUUUACUUUUUCAAUAUUCGGAACAGUUUUGAAUCUACGAGUCUUCAAAAUAUGCCACUGACGUCAAUUUGAGACGUCUCUCAUAUUUUUGCGUUCCAGCUACAAUAACCGAUAUUUUCAUCAAUUUUUCGUUUACAGCUAUGAAAUUUAAACCUCAAGUGCGUCUUGUGAAAACGUUCACGCUCAUAUAUUUUUCUUUCUUUUGUUGAACGUUAUUGUUUCUAAAUUCGUCUCUAACGUCAUUUUUCGCGGGAAAAACGGCGUCGUGUUUCGCUGAAAAAAGUGCGCCUUUCUUUAAUUCUUGAAAAAACUGCUCUUUUAAUUUUUGAUUUUUUUAAAUGCAUGUACUCAAUGUUUUAUUACAAAUCGCCUGAUAUCAAGAAAAGGGUACCUCACCGACUUCGUUUUUGCGCAGUAUCAAAUAAUCUAACCCCUAUACCUGUUUCUUUUUCAAUUCGUAGUGUAUUUAAAUACACUAAGUGUACUUAAAAUAUGAGAGACGUCUGAAAAUUGACGUCAGUGGUAUAUUUUGAGGAGUCAUAGUUUCAAAACUGUUCCGAAUAUUGAAAAUGUAAAAACAGUUCCUAAUCGGGCAUAUGCUCUUCUAUAAAGCUCAUGACUUAAGUGUCAGAGAGCUCAUGACGUAAGUCUCAUAAAGCGUAUGACUUAAGUGUCAUAAAGCUCAUGACUUAAGUGUCAUAAAGCUCAUGACUUAAGUGGUAUAAAGCUCAUGACUUAAGUGGUAUAAAGCUCGUGACUUAAGUGGUAUGAAGCUCAUGACGUCAGUGUCAGAAAGCUCAUGACUUAAGUGUCAGAAAGCUCAUGACUUAAGUUUCAUAAAGCUCAUGACUUAAGUGGUAUAAAGCUCAUGACGUAAGGGUCAUAAAGCUCAUGACUUAAGUGGUAUAAAGCUCAUGACGUUAGUGUCAGAAAGCUCAUGACUUAAGUGUCAGAAAGCUCAUGACUUAAGUUUCAUAAAGCUCAUGACUUAAGUGGUAUAAAGCUCAUGACGUAAGUGUCAUAAAUCUCAUGACUUAAGUGGUAUAAAGCUCAUGACUUAAGUGGUAUAAAGCUCAUGACGUUAGUGUCAGUAAGCUCAUGACUUAAGUGUCAUAAUGCUCAUGACUUAAGUGGUAUAAAGCUCAUGACGUUAGUGUCAGAAAGCUCAUGACUUAAGUGGCAGAAAGCUUAUGACGUAAGCGUCAUAAAGCUCAUGACGAAAGUUGCAUUAAGCUCAUUACGAAAGUUGCAUUAAGCUCAUAACGUAAGUGACAUUAAGCUCAUGACGUAAGUGGCAUUAAGGUCAUGACGAAAGUGGCAUUACGCUCAUGGUGAAAGUGGCAUUAAGCUCAUGACGUAAGUGACAUUAAGCUCAUGACGAAAGUGACAUUAAGCUCAUGACGAAAGUGGUAUUAAGCUCAUGACGUAAGUGGCAUUAAGCUUUUGACGAAAGAGGUAUUUAGCUCAUGACGAAAGUGGUAUUAAGCUCCUGACGACAGUGGUAUUAAUCUCAUGACGAAAGUGGUAUUAAGCUCCUGACGAAAGUGGUAUUAAGCUCAUGACGAAAGUGGUAUUAAGCUCAUGACGAAAGUGGUAUUAAGCUCCUGACGAAAGUGGUAUUAAGCUUCUGACGAAAGUGACAUUAAGCUCAUGACGAAAGUGGUAUUAAGUUCCUGACGAAAGUGGUAUUAAGCUCAUGACGAAAGUGGUAUUAAGCUCAUGACGAAAGUGGUAUUAAACUCAUGACGAAAGUGGUAUUAAGCUCCUGACGAAAGUGGUAUUAAGCUCCUGACGAAAGUGACAUUAAGCUCAUGACGAAAGUGGUAUUAAGCUCCUGACGAAAGUGGUAUUAAGCUCAUGACGAAAGUGGUAUUAAGCUCCUGACGAAAGUGGCAUUUAUAUCAUAUUAUAGGCUACAUUUAAAUAAAAAAAGUAUUUACAUUGAGGACAUCUUAUCACGCACGUGUAAGAUUGCCCCAUAGUCUUAAUCUGAUCAUAAUAUGAUCUUAAUCUGGUCUUUACAUAAUAUGCAUUUACUUGAACAGUAUUACAAUCGGGGUAUUUAUGACAAGCCCUCUAGUGUGAAUUGUAAAACGGUAAAAUGACAUAUCUUCACUUUAUCGUGGGAGGUAUAUAGUCUUUUCAUAUCGGAUUUAUCUCAAUAUUUCUUUUGCUACAGGGUACUUAUGACAAACUGCCAAGUCUUUUACUUUAUUUUGAGAUUUUAAGUAUCUUAAUAUCGAUUUUGUCUCGAUGCUUUUAUCAUAAAUUAUUUUAAUGCAAUGAAUGGUGUGUAACCUUAGUAAUCAGAGUGUAUGUAAUUCCGAGUAUGAAUGACUAAGUUGUCCCCCUUUCCUCGACCAGGGUAUAUUAUUUUGUUAUGGCACUUUACAUUUAUCACUAUGUGUUGCAUUUUGUUUCCUUGUACACACUGUUAUUAUACCUGUUUGUGACAUACGAUUACAUGUAUGAUUAAUGAUUUUGGUUGAUGUUGUGUGAUUGGUGAUGUUGGAGGGAUUUGUGACUACAAGACACUUGAGAUAUACAGUAUACAAUAUUAAUACAAAAUAUGAACUGAUUAUUUUCUAUGAAAUGUUAAUUCGAACGGAUAUUUCAGUGGUAUCAAUGCAUAGAACUAUUUGAACAGAUUUUGUAAUGAGUUGUAUCCAUUAAAGUGCCAUUAUUUUUUUUUCAAUUAGACACUAUAUUGCAUGUUACCUUAUAAGAAAAGUACGCAAAAGCUUAAUAGACUAGUAUAUAUAAUUAGAAAGAUAUUUGAAAAACAAACAUGAACAUUGUAUUACUAGCAUUAACUUAUCUUGGACUGCUCCCGUGUUAAACUUAAAUUCCAUUAUGGGACGAUUGAACUAUAUAUCAUUGAAUUUCUGGUGUCAAACCCAACGAUAUUUGCUCCAAAUUGCUGUAUUUAAAGAAGAAGGUUGUUUUGCGAAUAUACAAAAUAAUGAAUAAAGUCACAUAUAUUUUUCCUUUUAGUUUUGUACCUGAUGUUUAGAAAACUUCAUGAAUUAAACAUGUCUUGUAUUUUUUUUUUGUCUUUACCUGUAUACGCACUGAGAUAUUGUUAUCAUAAAUUGUCAUUUGUACAACGCAAAUUUUAAUUACAGAGAUUUCAACACGACCUCUUGUAUUAUCGUUAUUAUAUUCCAGUAUUUGUUAACUGCCGUAACUUGUUUGUUGAACGUUUGUUACUAAAUCAUGAUUAUUUGUUUUCUUUCCUCAGUUACCAUGACAUGUUUGUUUGUAGUUUUUAUAAAUAAAAUAUUUUUU